AAUUUCCACACACAGUUAAGCAUGAAAAAGUAAUUUUUGAGCAUGAGAACAAAAACUCUCUCAAAUAAGCCAAUAUUUAUACUCGAUUCAAGACAUUUUUUCGUUCAUUCAGUCAGUCUUUUCCUCUCUGAUUGAGACGACGAGAAAAGUAAAAUCGCAUUUCAUUACACAAUCAAUAAUUUUUUCACGGUCAAGGGAGUUAAAAAAAUGAAAAAGUGAAAAAAGCGUUUUAAAAAUAGAAAGAAAAAUCAAAUAAAAAAGAAUUUUUCCGCUCUCUAGCUCUAGUGCGAAAGAUUAAAGUUGAAGGAAAUAAUUUGCUGUAGUGACACUUGCACAAGUGGAUAGUGAAUAAUAAUUGUGAAGGGAGUGAUUAUCAAGAGAAAGAAUCAUGAGUGAAACGGAUUCACUUUUGCCAAAAGACUCGCCUAAAACUGAGGUUGUGGACAAAGGUGUUGAUGAAACUGAUUCUAAAAUGUCAAAUAGCAAGGUAUUGACACCUGAAAAGGCUGAUAUUGAGUCACAUAGCGAUGGAGGUAUUGUAUCAAUCAUAUAUUCAGCUGCAAAGAAGGCUGCAUUCGUCGGAAUAAUUUAUUUUGUGGGAAAAAUGGAUUGGUCCUUUGCGUGGCUCAUCUGUCCAAUAUUAUUGAGCGUCAUUAGAGACCAAAUCCGUAAUCAACAUAAUAUACGCAGAGAAGUUGCUAAAGCUAGUGCUCUUGCAAAUGAUAAGGAUGUUAUUCUCGCAAGACUUAAUGAUUUACCAGCAUGGGUAUUUUUCCCCGAUGUAGAACGCUGUGAGUGGCUUAAUAGAAUAUUGAAGCAAGUAUGGCCAAAUGCUAAUCAUUUUGCACGAAACAUGCUUAAGGAAAGUAUUGAGCCUAAUAUCCAAAAAGCUCUCCAAGAUUACAAACUUAAUGGAUUCAAGUUUGAGCGCAUGAUUUUAGGAACCAUCCCACCACGAAUUGGUGGAAUUAAAGUCUACGAUAAAAAUGUAGCUCGUAAUGAAAUCAUUAUGGAUUUAGACUUAUUCUAUGCUGGUGAUUGUGAUAUCAAUUUUGCAAUCGGUGGAUUACGUGGAGGCAUUAAAGACUUCCAAAUUCAUGGGACAGUUCGUGUCGUUAUGAAGCCUCUUAUUCCAAAUCCUCCAUUAGUCGGUGGCUUACAAAUCUUUUUCCUUAACAAUCCAAACAUUGACUUUAAUCUCGUUGGUGUGAUUGAUCUUCUUGAUAUGCCUGGUUUGAGCGACAUUUUACGUAGAAUUAUUAUUGAACAAGUUGCAGCUAUGAUGGUAUUGCCUAAUAAACUACCUAUCAUCUUAAGUGAUCAAAUUGAAGCACUUUCAUUGAAAAUGCCUGAGCCUGAAGGAGUUUUAAGAGUUCAUGUUGUAGAAGCAAAGAACUUGAUGAAGAUGGACAUCGGUAUGCUUGGAAAAGGAAAGUCAGAUCCAUACGCUAUUGUUACAGUCGGUGCUCAGCAAUUCCGCACUCAAAUUAUUGAUAACAACGUUAAUCCAAAAUGGGACUACUGGUGCGAGGCAAAUGUUUAUGCUGAGAGUGGCCAAACUCUUACUGUGCAGCUGUAUGAUAAAGAUGACGCUAAGGAAGAUGAAAGGCUUGGAAUGGCUACAGUUGAAAUCUCAUCUGUUGUUAAAAAAGGAGAGAUCGACACAUGGCUGACAUUGGAACAAGCAAAGCACGGAAUGGUUCAUCUUCGUUUAAGCUGGAUGCAAUUGAGUUCAGAUAGGAAUGAUUUGAAGGCAGCUUUAGAAGAAACUCAAAUGUUACGUGUUACUGACAUGAGCACUGCUCUCUUAACAGUUUUUGUCGAUUCAGCAAGGAAUCUACCUCAUGCAAGACAAAACGCAAAUCCUGACGCAUACUUGACAUUAGCUGUUGGAAAGAAAACUGAACAAACAAGUGUUCAAAUGCGAACUGAUUCUCCAGUUUGGGAACAAGGCUUUACAUUCUUGGUAGCUAAUCCUGAAAACGAUACACUUCAAGUGAAGAUUAUGGAUCAGAAGACAACAAAUCAAAUUGGCACCUUUACUUAUAUCAUUGCACAUUUAAUGGACAAGAAGAAUAUGGAAGUUGUUAGUCAACCUUUCCAACUUCAAAAGAGUGGUCCAGAAUCAAGAGUUACUAUGGCAUUAGCAUUGCGUGUACUCAAACGUGGAGUUCCUAUUGAAGAUGAAGAAACUGAAAAGCCCGAUGAAGAUGUUAAAGAAGAAUCACCAAAAGCACCUUUAAGGAAACAAGAUUCAAAAAUAUCUCGUGCAUCUGUUAAUGCAGCUAUUAGUUCUGACUCUUUAUCGGUUGAAGAACCAGCAACUGCUUCAAAUGUUUCAUCAAAUCUUGCAGCUGUUCCAUCAUCACCAACUGCUUCACUUAAAUCAGCAUCUAGUUCAUUGGGACGUAAUCCAUCAAUUAAAUCACUUGGUGUAGAAACUGGCCCACUCGGUGCCAUCAACUUGACUGUUCAAUAUUCUAUGCAGCGUCAACGUUUGAUUAUCAUCAUUCACAAGAUUAAGAAUAUUCCAUUGAAGGAUCCAUCAAAUAUCCCGGAUCCAUAUGUUAAGUUAUAUCUUUUGCCAGGACGUUCAAAGGACUCUAAGCGUAAAACAGCUGUCGUUAAAGACAACUGCAAUCCAGUUUUUGAUGCCACUUUUGAAUAUUUAAUAUCCGUUGCAGAAUUAAAUACAAGUCAAUUAGAAGUCACAAUUUGCACAGAUAAGCUUAUUGGAUCACCAAUAUUAGGAAUGGUAAAGGUUGAUUUAAAUGAUCCCGAUAUCCAAGGAACUGGAAAGAAUACUUGGUGGGAUUUGAAGCCAGAAUUUAAAUCAACUGACUUGUAAAAGCUUUUAUUUUUUGUCAUUUAAUCUCCCACAACUACCCAUGCAUUUCUGUUUCUAAGAAUCUGUUUUUAUGAAUAAUCGGUAUGCCAUAUUGCAAAUGAAUAUUAGUCUCAUCUCAAUGUGUCUUCGUAUAGUGUCUUUCUCAUUAUGUCGAUAUGAUGAGUUACAUAAUUUUUGUUGUAGCUGAUAAGUCGUCAUAAACUCGUUUUCCCUAUUACAAUAAUCUCAGUUUUUUGAAUCUAUCAAAACUUACUCGAGCAUCAAAUCCCCUUUUCGCCAUCAGACAAUCUGAUAGUUGUGCUGCUCGGAAUUUUUUUCUCUCUAGCAACAUCCAUUUUUCUGUCGCUAGACGCAUUUUUGCACAAACUUUGUUAUGUGUCUUCAUUAUUUAUUCAACACCUACUCAAUUAAGAGUCAGAAAGUCAAUGGAGCAUUUUAUUUUAUUGCAAUUUGAUUAAGUAUUGCAAAACUUUUAUAAUUGUCUUUCAUCAUAAUCAACAAAUAUUUUUAACCAUAUUAUACAAAACUUACGAAAAAAAAUUUAUUUCAAAAUUAAUGAGCAAAUUUUAAUUCUUUUAAAAAUGUUGAAAAUAAAUUUUAAAUUAUGAAAAAUAUUGGAAUUGAGGUUUUUGAUAUUUUAUUAGCAUGUUACUUGUAUUGUCAAUUAAUUACCAUGAUUCUCUAUAGGAAGCGUAUUGUGUUUAACAAACAAUGUUAUCUUUACGACGUUGAC